AUGCCACAGCCAUGUCACUUCAAUAUAUCCAAAGAUGACUUGGCAACUUUCCGUGCUGCGCUGGAAGCUGCUGCCUCUAGCCAGCUGUCUUUGUGGACCUCGUGGGAAACAUGCUGGGUCACGGUGUCUGAGUGCUUGGAUCAAGCAGAAGCUCGUGCCUAUGAGGCUGGGGAUGUGGCGGCUGCCAAGCAAGUGCUUCGUCUCAAUAAGCUUAUUCAGACGUGCUUGCAACCGAACUGGCAACUUGUGUCUGAGGAGCCGACUCCUGAAAAGACCAUCUUAUGCAGCAUGUAUGACUGGACGGAUCAGUGGUCCAGGUACAAGCAUAGUUUGGGAUAUUUCCAUAUGGAGCAAUUCUCCGAUGUUGCCGGUGAUUUAAAGCGUUUGCAGGAGAAUCUCACGCUGCUGCCUGCGUCAAGCUGGGCCCACGAGGCUGAGAAGCAGGUGUCGCUGCUGUUGGUAGAUUGCUGGGCCUUGCGGCCUCUUCUUUAUCUCCCGUUGUGUCAGAUCAGUCCCCUUUGUCUCAUGGCGGCUGCUCCUGCGGAGGAAGCGUGCAAGCACCGCUGCAUUCUGUGCAACUUGACCCACGAGGUCGAAAGUGGCAGAGUGCACGGUCGAAAGUUUACGUGCACUCCGUGCGCCAGCGCAGACCGACUUCUACGUCGGGGCCUUGGCUCAAAGGACGAGCUGCAAAACCUCAGUGUGGAGGAACAACACAGCUUUUUCCAGAAGUUGGCUGUGGAAAAGGCCAACGCGAAGGACUCCAGAAUCGACUGGAAAACUGUGCGAGCGUGUCUCGUGACCUCCUUGACAACUCGACAAAUGACGGAAAAUGCAACGGCUGUGGAUACCCAAUUCCUUCCGCUGGAUGUUUGGCUGAAGCAAGGUUGGCCGGAACAGACCGUGCGGAAUUGUCCCAAGGAGUGGAAUGAACAGUACGGAUGUGACACAUAUCAGGUCCCCGUGAAGAGCAUGACUUGGAAGCAGACGUACCAAGCUGUGGAAGAGAGAAUUCUCCGUCAGGAGAAGGAGGCCACUGCCAAGCGCAUGGCACGACCCCGUGGGCCGAAGGAAGCUGAGCCGGAAGCGGCUUUGGAUCUGCCGGCUCCCGAGGCUGCCAAGAAAGGAGAUGCUUCGGCGGCCGCAGAGAAAAAGGCUGCCAGAGCUGAAGCUGCGCAAGAAAAGAAAAAUCAAGCUUCGAAUCAGAAGAUGCAGCUGCUGGCUGCGAAAGCUGUCGCACCUCUGGCUCAGGAUCUCCAGAGCCUGACCAAGCUACGUGCUCGUGUUCCUGCUGAUUUACCAGAACCGAUCCAAGCGGUCUACGAGGACAAUGUGGGAAAGUUGCAGCGUUGGAGCCAAGCUGCCAAGGGCCUUCUCAAAGACUGGGAAGAGGAAGCAGCCCAGACCGGUAAAGUGGCUUUGACCGCUCCGCCGUUUGACAUGGCUGAUGUGAAGUGUCUCCACAAGACUGUGGUGGAGGUGCAAGCCAAUUUGCGUCAACACUUGCCGGUGCCUAAAGCCAAGGCGGCCGGUAAGCGCAAGGCGGCAGAGGCAGGAGCAGAGGCCACGGACACGGCAGCUGCGGAGGGGGUCGAAGCAAAUCCACCUGCUCGCCGUGUGCGCAGCAAGGGAGACAAGUUGUGCGAUUGGUUCGGGAUGAUGACAGAGGUGGUGGCACGGCUAAGCGCCCAAGUGUCAAUCAUCCCAAAGCGUUCCCGUGCCUUCGUGAACUAUCCCUGCAGGAAGUGGAAACGGGUAGACCUCUUAAGAAAAAGUAAUCUCACUUAUUUCACAUGGCUGGAAUUUGACGUCAUUUUUCUGGAAGAUCUAUGGCUCACCCUGGGAGUGACUCGCUCCAAAGAAAUUGCCGCCAUGGACGGGGGGAUGGCUGCGUUGACCAAAGCCAUGCUGUUGCAGAUACGAUCUGAAACAGCUAAUGGCUUCGUGGUCGAUUUGGGAUCCAUGGGGGAGCCAGUGCUUUGCUUCAUAGAUUCAGUCAUUCUGUUGAUGGAUCACGAGGCGAUUCGAGCUUGCACUGGCACGAAGGGUGCCAGCGGAUUGAAAUGCUGCAUCAAAUGCCUCAAUCUCUUGUCCCUAAAUAAGGCCGCAGAAGUCAAAGACCACUUUGAUAUCAGCCACGCUGAUCUAGCCAACUUUUGGCCGGCCACUGAUGGCUCUGUCCGAGCAGCAGCGGACCGCUUGAGAACAGAAGAAAAAAAAGGUAAGAAACAAGAACUCGAAAAACUUUUGGGCUGGAAUGCUGCGAUGUUGCUGGCUGGUCCAUUAACGGAGCCUGCUUUGGAGAAGUGGGUUUCCGUUGACACAGUUCACUUUGACACCAUGCACGCUUACUAUAGUAACGGCAUUAUCGGAUGUGAAUUGGGCCAUUGGUGGGAGCUGGUGCAGCACCAUGCCCAGGUCACUCUCGCACAGCUCGCACUGUAUGCGGCGAUGUGGCAACGUUGCCCAAAUUCACCUGCGGCAAAACAAGUGGGGCCGCAACACUUCUUUGAAGAAAAACUGUGGCGAGACGGUGGUGAUUUCCGAGGGGAAUGCGCAGCAUCUGCAUUGGCGCUCAUUCUUUGUGUUGGGUUUUCGGAAGAAAUUCUCACAGAGAUUGCGGCAGUGCAAGCAGCCGUUGCUUCCCUCAAAUCUCUCUACGAGGUCGUUUCUGUAUUGGCUGAAGCCAAAAGAUAUCCACCAGCAGCCACAACACUAUUGACCAAGCAGCAGGCGCACAUGAGAUGCUUCACUGAAGCUUACUCAAGCCAAUGCAUGCGGCAUGCGACCCAAAUUUCACUAUGCCUUGCAUACAACGGCACAAAUUCAGAAGUUUGGUCUCCAUAUCGAUUGCUUUCCAUGCGAAAGGAAGAACAAAGCAUACAAGGCACGCGCAGCAUCCAACUGGAGCAAUUCUCCUGCGUUCUCCAAAGGUUUCCCGCCUUGUUGGACUUCCUGCCGUACCAUUUUCUGCUGGUCUCCUCAGGCGAACGCGGUGAGAUCUGCUGGCGAGAUAUCACCCACGGCACACAGGUGGCCGAGCAUCGUACGCAUUUGGGUGCCACCACGUGCAUGCGGCAAAACCCCAAGAAUGCAGUGAUGCACCUGGGUCACAACCAGGGCUUGGUCACCCUUUGGACCCCGAGUGUGAAAGAGCCGGUGGUGAAGAUUUCGUGUCACAACUCCAAGGUGACAGCUUUGGCAGUGCAUGGGAACUACAUGGCGGCGUCACGGCGGGAGCUGAAGCCAAAUGGAAGGCCUGGGCUGCCGGGCAUCGGCAGAGGUGAAGUCCUCCCCGUCGGCACCGAGGUUUGGGACCUCCGGACCUACAACAUGCUCCACUGCUAUGGCAGGCGAAGCGAAUAG